CCCUGAACACUCCGCAGUGACUCCUCUCCUCGCUAUAGGAUCUCUGUUCUGCAGUGUGCGCCGCUGUAACGGGUCCGUGCGGAAACAAACUGCUCUGAAUUCCAUUUCUUCCGGAAACGGGGAGGAGGCGGCUGCAGUGAGGGGGCGCUGUGCUGGAUGUCUGAUGGCUCAGUCAGGGAGGAGAGACGCUCCGGAGCUUCCGGACUUUUCCCUGCUGAAGAGACUGGCCCGGGACCAGCUCAUCUACCUGCUGGAACAGCUGCCUGGGAGGAAGGACUUGUUUAUCGAUGCUGAUCUGAUGAGUCCACUCGACCGAAUAGCCAACGUCACCACGCUAAAGCAACAUGAAGUGGAUAAAUUAUAUAAAGUGGAGCUGAAGCCGAUCGUCAGCACUGCAGAUCAGCUCUGCUUUUUGAUACGACCUCGGAUACAGACAGUAAAAUGGAUCUCAGAUGUAGUUAACCUGGAUAAGGCAGCUGGAAGAUUGAGAAGAUAUAAGAUCAUAUUUACCCCUCAGAAGUUCUACGUGUGUGAGGCGGUUCUGGAGGAGCAGGGGGUGUUCGGGGAUGUGACGUGUGAUGAAUGGGCUUUUUAUCUCCUCCCGCUGGAUGAUGACAUCAUAAGUCUGGAGCUUCCUGAGUUCUUCAGAGAGAAUUUUCUGGAGGGGGAUCAGCGGUGGGUGGGCGCGGCCGGCGGUGCGUUACGGCUGAUUCACUCUCUAUACGGACCUUUCUCUAAGGUUUAUGGGAUUGGGCAGUGCGCCAAGAUGGUGUACGAGUCGUGGAGGGAGCAGGUGGAGGACGGAGAGCAGAAAACUCAGCAGCCUGAGAUCGGAAACGUUUUCCUGAUCGACAGAGACGUGGACUUCAUCACGCCGCUGUGCUCUCAGGUCGUAUACGAGGGACUGGUGGACGAUAUUUUCAGGAUUAAAUGUGGAAGUGUGGAGUUUGGUCCUGAGGUCACUUCCUCUGAUAAGAGCAUUAAAGUGAUGCUGAACUCUCAGGAUAAGGUGUUUAAUGAGAUCAGAAACGAACAUUUCUCCAACGUAUUCGGCUUUUUGAGUCAGAAAGCUCGGAAUCUGCAGACGGCGUACGACAAACGGAGAGGGAUGGAUAUCCAGCAGAUGAAGGCGUUCGUAUCGGAGGAGCUGAAAGGCCUGAAACAGGAGCAUCGUCUCCUCAGCCUGCAUAUCGGCGCGAGUGAAUGCAUAAUGAAGAAGAAAACAAAGCAAGACUUCCAGGAACUUCUGAAAACUGAACACUCUUUACUGGAGGGUUUCGAGGUUCGGGAGUGCGUCUCCUUCAUUGAAGAACACAUUAACCGACAGAUAUCAAUGAUUGACAGUCUGAGACUCCUCUGCCUGCUGUCUCUCACAGAAAACGGACUUCUCCCUAAAGAUUAUCGCUCGCUAAAGGCUCAGUACCUGCAGAGUUAUGGUAUCGAGCACCUGCUGACCUUCUCUAACCUGAAGCAGAUGGGUUUACUGGUGGAGCAGCAGCCUGGAGAAACGCUGACCGUCAUGGAGAGUAAAGUGGGGAAACUGGUGAAUGAUAAAACUGCUGGAAAGCUGACGGAUGCGUUUUCCUCUUUGGCGAAGAAGAGUAACUUCCGAGCUCUGAGUAAACGCCUGGUUCUGAUCCCUAAAUCAGGAGAGGAGUAUGACCUGCGCGUCCCGCGAGAUAUGGCCUACAUCUUCAGCGGGGCGUACGUCCCCCUCAGCUGCAAACUCAUCGAACAGGUGUUGGAGCGAGACGGCUGGACCGGGCUGGAGGAGAUCACCCGCAUGCUGAACGGACACGAGUUUGCAGUAUCAGGAGGAGCCAACGGGACUGAAUCCAGAAUUAAAGCUGAUUCUCAGAGGAUCGUUCUGGUGAUGUUUCUGGGAGGAUGCACUUACUCUGAAAUCUCCGCUCUGAGAUUCCUCGGACGAGAGAGAGGUUAUAAGUUUAUCGUGGUGACCACAGCCAUCACUAACAGCGGCCGGCUCCUGGAGGCUCUACUGGAUAAUCACCCCUGACCCGGCACUGGUUCCAGUUCAUUAACAUAUCUGCAGGUCACGGGAGGGCGGAGUCAGGCCUGACUGCAGGACGUGAUGGAGAAGAACCACAGAGACUUAUUUUCUCAACGGAUGGAUAUAAAUACCAUUACUGACCUACAGCACUACAGAUCCUGUAUCAGUGUACAGAUUGUGUAUUGGUGAAUAUCGCACGUCUCUGAGUGUGUCUUGGACAUGGACAGAUUGUGAAUCUGGUGAACGGACCGUAUGCUCUUGUAAAAAUGCUUCUCAUGCUCUGAUUUGAAUGUGAUCAGUUUACUGUUCUCUGUAAAAUAAACUGUUAUUUGAUUUUU